AUGGGCCCGGUGGCUACCGUCCUACAAAAGAAGCAAAAGUCUCCGUCCUACAGGACUUUCUCAAGAUCUAUCAAUUAUGUCCCACCAAAAGACGAUGCACUCAAUAAGGGCAUCAUCUGGCACAACGACCUACACACAGACAACAUAUUCGUUGACAAGGACAACCCUACCCAAAUAGCCAGUAUCAUCGACUGGCAAGCAAUCCCUGUUUAUCCGAUAUUUCUUGUCGACCAUCAUCCGUCGCUCAUAGAGUAUGACGGUCCAAAGCCAGAGCGGUGCAUUCAGCCUAGUCUGCCAGAGAAUAUCAAAGAGCUUAGUGUCCAAGAUGGAAGGGCUGCUACGGAGCUAGUUCUUGCACAGACACUCUGGCUUUACUAUGAGACGCAAGUCUAUAAAGAAGCCCAAGAUUUGAUUCGCGCAUUUGAGUACCGCGAAUCUUUGCAGUCUGAGUUACUGAGUCUAAUCGGGUCGAUAUUUGACGAUGGGGAGCCGCAUGUCCAAAAGGUCCUUGCUGAUCUCACGAGAGAUGAUGUAUGGAAGCAGCUUAUUGGGGAGAAUAAUCACGGCAAUCCACAUGUAUCAUGUCCCCUGAACUACACGCAACAUGACCUGGAUAAACAGGAUGAGGAGUACGCUAAAUGGGAGAGGGACGUCGAGAGGAAAGCACGAGUGAUUGACGAAAUAGGAGUGUAUACAAGCUCAAAUGGAGCUGUAUCUCCUGGCGAUUACGAUGAAGUUGUCAGGCGAGUUGAGCUUGCCAGAAAACGGUUCUUAGAUCGAGAAUCAACAACCCCAGAGGAGCGGGUGAUGUGGAAGAAGGCAUGGCCUUUCGAGGAUAAACCCGGAGGACACUGA